ACGUCGUGCGCGCCUUAAUAGAGAGUCAUCCAUUUACGUCCAGUGCCGCGCGUGGACUAUCAAGAUAUAGUGCUUCGUGGCUAGUGGAACGGACGCGGUGUAAAAACGUCUCGUUUCAAAGACAUUAAUCAAACGCGAACGAGUCGGUCGCGAAGCGAUACGGACUGAUAGAAAAAACAACCAUGGCUCAAACCACCGAGCCAGCACCGGUUCACUGCUAUACGAAUCCUUCGUUCUGCAGACAAUCGGAGUACAUACCGGAAGAUCGAACCGGUGACUUGCCGCCGCCGCCGCAGUUUCAAAGCAGCGACGAUUUGCCACCCCCGCCGCCGCCGUUGCAGCUACAAUGCAACGGGGGUCAAAGCAACCUCGCGUUCCAAGGACCGAUCGAGGGCGUCAGGGUCGAGAACGCCGAGAUCAGGGACAGGUAUUGCUACCUGGAGGAGGACAGAGGUCCCACGCAUCGGAGAUAUGGCAGCCUUCCGGUGGACGAGCACAGCGCGAUGUACAAUCGGAGUUCUAGUUCAAGGUACGAGUACAUCCAAGAGGAGCAAAGGACUCAGUUGCAGAGGAGGGGUUCGUCGAGGUACGAGUUCAUUCCGCGUCAGCAGGUGCACCAGCGUUCCGCGCCGGCGGCCAACCAAGACGACGCCAGGGAGCCGCAGAUGCAAACCUGCCGGAACAACGCUGGAAGAUACGCCGUUGUACUGGGUGACCAGGAUUACCCUGACGAGGAAAUUGCGUGGAACACGUCCAAAUACGCCACGUCGGUGCCGAGACACAUUAACACGCCGCAAGGUCGUUACAGCAGAGUGCCUCUGCAAGAAGAGGACCCUCCGGCUCUACCCGACAGGAACCUGCACGAGCUCUCGAUUUCCCCGAGAAACAAUUUAGCUACGCAAAAACUGCACGAAAUACUGACUACUCCGAGGAAGCCGAGAUCCAGGUCCGAGGAAAGGACCCUGUCCCCAAAGAGGCAACAGUCGUUCAAUCAAACCAGUACUCCACAAAGAAGAGCACUCACGCCAGGUGGCUCCCCAACCGGUCGAACGUUCAGUCCGAGUCGCAGCACCCCACACGGAACGCCACCGAAUCGAGCGUUUUCUCCGACGAGAACUCAGACUUCCACCCCUAACAAAGAAUCGUCAGCGCGAAGGUGUUUGCCACUGUUGGAGAACUCGUCUCGGCAACAAGACGUCUGCCCAGCCAGCAACUGCGGGAGACUCCGUUACGUCGGCACGGCUCCUGUCGACCUUGCGUCGAUGGGUCACGGUGACCCACCACCUCGUUACGGGUACAUAGAUAAUGGUCCAGAAUCUAUGCCGAUGGUGUCCGGUUCGCCAAGGUAUCAAGUGAUACCCACGGGACAGAAAAGGAACGGCUACCAAAGCGUAGAAAGUGCGUUCAUCGCCAGAACCGCGGUGGUUCCACCGCUAUCGCCGCCGAACAGUGACGCAAACACAACCUUGGCCAGCGGUUUAGAGAAAAACGAUAGAAGAAACGCACCGCUCCUCCUGAUUCUCGUUGGCAUCUUGACUUGUGGUUUGGCGCUGUAUUUGUCCUGGACGCAAGGGAGACGAUAUUACUACGACAGCGCAACAGGUUGCGGAGUAUGUUGCACUUUGGCGGGAGCUUGCAGGACGAUGAGAAGGACCUGGACCGGCCUCGGUCUCGCGGGACUUUCUGCGUUGAGCUGCGCAGGACUGCUCCUGCUCGCCGCCAAAGCACCAAAAGCUGGUACGCCGCUUCACGAUGUCACUGCUGGCGCUUUAUGCGGAGUUUCCUUAUUGGGUGCCGUUCUGGCGUUGGUCGCGCUUUUAGCGCCGAGAUGCAAUUUGGGACGACACAGGCGGGUCCACUCUUGGAUACCUCGUUUCUCGCCUUGAUUUUCGCGUUCAGGCCGUCGAACGUUUCUGGAAAAAUAGAACGAUAUAACCCGCGCGACGAUAACUGCGAAUCGAUAGCGGCUGGAGUUGUUUUUACGCAGGAACGAUGUUUACCUUGGAGAAAGCGCGAAUCACGGCGCGUUUCCUCGCCGAGCAAAAACGAAAUCCUAGUCUGCUGUUUUUUGUCGAGAGUAUGAAUUAUUGUAGAGGCGUAUAGGAACGGAGAACGAUUUGGACUAUGAGAGAGGGGCUAGAUGCAAAUCUCGAUUAGCGAAUAAAUGAUGAAUAGCGAUGAAAUGACGUUAUAUUUGGUGAAUAAAAUUUAUAAUGUGGAUUGUAGCAGGGUUUCUCGAACGGUAGAUGUAGUGGAUCAAAGGGAAUAAGUUUUAUAUUGGAAGAAUUUGGUCCACAGUGUUUUAUUCAUUUUAGAAGUUUUACAGAAACAUAAAAAAAAAAUACAUCUCCCACAUAAUGUAAUCAGCAUCAUCACCUAUCUCGUUUAAUUAUACGUUGUCCAAUUCUUUUUAUACUAUUUUAUCAAAAUUGUUUGGAACUUAUAAUCGCAACUAUUAUUAUGUUUUUGUUUCAAGUAUUAGAAAGUAAGAUAUUUGAGACACUCACGGCCAGAUUCUUCAUAAUCGAUACUAAUCAAGGCUUCCAACAGUAAGCCGUAUUUUCGAGGUAAUGUAGUCUGAGUUAGUAGCAAUUGCUACAAGAUAUCAAAUUAUAUUAGAUUUUCCGUUCGCAAUGAUAUAUGGAGUUUUACCCGAAAGCCAAAUUACAAGGAUUAUUUAAUACUAUUUGAUAAAAAAUAUUAUCCUGUGCUAGACAUUAUGAAAUAAAUCGCGAGAAGAUCCACUUAAGCCCACUGUAGAUUUAUUCUUGUGUAAUACUUUGCGAAACUACGUAUAUAAAAUUCAUUUUAAGAAGCGUUUUUAUCGCUUGUACUGAAUUAAAUGUUAAACCGUUUAAAUUAUAGAAAACGGGAGAUGGAUAAGAAUGGGCAUUCUUGGACCCGCUUGGAAAGAAAAAAUGUAUGCAAGACUGUUCACAGUGUCAUCCAUAUGUAUAAUAAAAAAACGUCUUUAUCAUUUUCUUCAAAAGUGAUGCGAAAAUUGUCCAAUACAGAUGGAAACAUGUUAUAGCAAUCUUAUCGACAUAUAUACAGGGUAUCCCUUUUAAAUUCAGAUUGUAAAAAAUCUCGAAGACAUGUGAUUGAAAAAAAAAACUGUAUUAUUACCAGAAAAAUUUUAUUAUCUGAACUUUAUUAUCAUGAGCGGUUUAUUAAAUUAAGUGUCUAGAAGUUGAGAGUAAAAAUUUUAAGUAUUUAUUAUGAUGUUCUUUAAUGAAAUAAAAAAUCUUGCAGAAGAAAGUAACGUUGUCACUUUAAUAAAAAGAAGAAAAUUAUCCAUGACAUAAAUAUGAAAAAUCAGCUAAAUAUUUUAAGAAACAUUGAACUCGCUAAAAAAUGUUUCGAACAAAAGUUGUGCAUCUUUUUGGGUAGAAUGUGAUUCCGAAAUAAAAAAUAUGGGUUUAUGAUAAAAAAAGACAAAACGACUUUGAAAUGACCUUGAAAACGUCCACGGAUUAAAAAAGUAAUAGUGCCAUCUGACUCUCUACUCGAAACACUAAAGAAUAUGUGUCAGUUUUUGUCUUUUUAAUCACACGUCUUUGAGAUUUUUUACAAUCUCAAAUUGAAUUGGACACCCUCUAUUCAUUCUAGCUCACGUCUUCCCAUAGAUAUGUAAAAUAUACAGGGCGUAUCGUUGAAAUUGGAAUGAUUGAAUAUCUCAUAAAGGGAUGAAGCUGUCAAAAAACUGCUUUUACAAAAAUGAUUUGUAAUAUACAAGGUUUCUUUUAACAUGUGCAGGUAUAUGUAUAAUAAUUAUACGCAAUUAGAUCGCUAUGACAUGUUUCCACCUGUAUUCGACAAC